AUGGCUUAUCCAUCGUCUCUCGAUCCCAACACCAACCCUUUCGACCUUCAUUUCGCUGGUAAAUUCCUGACAAGGGAAGUCUCAGAUUCGGAUUCGGCUAAUUUGGCAAAGGAAUGGUCGGUGACAAACGAGGCAUAUAUAUUGCAAGAGGAGUUAAACAGGGCAAAUUCCGAGAACAAGAAGCUGACCGGAAUGCUAUCAAGAGUUUGUGAGAACUACUAUGCUCUACAUAAGUAUCUGGAGGAGUUGCGGAGUCGGAAGAGUCUUGAAAAUGAUAACUUUCAUGACGAACAGCUACCGAGGAAAAGAAAACAAGACCUGGAUAGUUUCCCAAUUGGACUCAGGCUCGGAACAACCGAGAAUAUCUCCAGCGACAGAGCAAUGGUUUCAACAGCCUACUUCCCUGCUGACAAGUCUGACACAAGCUUCACUGUGAAAGAUGGAUAUCAAUGGAGGAAAUAUGGGCAAAAGAUUACGAAAGAUAAUCCAUGUCCUAGAGCGUACUUCAGAUGUUCUUUUUCACCCUCUUGUCCAGUCAAGAAGAAGGUGCAAAGAAGUGCAGAAGAUCAAUCUUUCAUGGUAGCCACUUACGAAGGGACACAUAAUCACCCGGGCCCACAUGCGAGUGGGUCGAGGACAGUGAAGCUUGAUCUAGGGCAAGGUGGUCUUGGAGCAGUUGAGGAAAAGAAAGAGAGAGGAACGAUUCAAGAGGUUUUGAUGCAACAAAUGGCCUCUUCGUUGACCAGUGAUCCAAAGUUCACUGCAGCUCUUGCGGCUGCUAUUUCAGGGAGAUUGAUAGAGCACUCAAGAAUAUGA